AUGGCGACACACAACAUCGUCGUUUUCGGUGGUGACCACUGUGGUCCGGAGGUCGUCGCUGAGGCCGUUAAGGUCUUGAGGGCAAUUGAGACGCACAGUCCCUCCGUUGGCAAGUUUAAUCUGCAGGAACACCUCCUGGGUGGUGCCUCCAUCAAAGUCCACAACGACCCCCUGACCGCCAAGGCCCUCGCGGCCGCCAAAGCCGCCGACGCCAUCCUCCUCGGCGCCAUCGGCGGCCCGGAAUGGGGUCCGUCCUCCCCCGUCCGCCCCGAGGAGGGCCUCCUCCGCCUGCGCAAGGAGCUCGGCACCUACGGCAACCUGCGGCCGUGCAACUUCGCGUCCGACUCGCUGGUCGACUCGUCCCCGCUCAAGGCCGACGUCUGCCGCGGCACCGACUUCAUCGUGGUGCGCGAACUGACGGGCGGCAUCUACUUCGGCGCCCGCACCGAAGACGACGGGUCGGGCUUCGCCAUGGACACGGACGCCUACUCGCGGGCCGAGAUCGAGCGCAUCGCCCGCCUGGCUGGCUUCCUGGCCCUGGGCACCAGCCCGCCGAGCAAGGUCUGGAGCCUGGACAAGGCCAACGUGCUGGCCACGAGCCGCCUGUGGCGCAAGGUCGUGACCGAGGUGUUCGCGAACGAGUUCCCUCAGCUCGAGGUCGGCCACCAGCUGAUUGACAGCGCCGCCAUGCUCAUGGUCAAGAGCCCGCGCGCGCUGAACGGCGUGGUCGUCACCAGCAAUCUCUUUGGCGAUAUCAUCAGCGACGAGGCGUCCGUCAUCCCCGGCAGCAUCGGGGCUGGCAUCGUCAACCCCAUCGGCACCAUCCUCUCGGUUGCCAUGAUGCUGCGCUACUCGCUCAACCUGCCCAAGGAGGCCGCCGCCGUGGAGGCCGCCGUCAGGACCGCCCUCGACAACGGCACGCGGACCAAGGAUCUGGGCGGCAGUGCCGGCACUUUCCAAAUGGCCGACGCGGUUGUUGUCGAGCUGGUGAAGCUGCUCAAGGGUUGA